AUGGCGAGUGAAUUGCAUCCACCGUCAUCCUUUUCGUUUGAUGGUGAUCUACCUUCUAAGUGGGCACUUUGGAAAAAGCAAUUUAUGUGGUAUUUAAAGGCCACAAAGAAAAACAAAGACGACGAAGAUGUUCAAGUGGGCGUAUUGCUCACGUUGCUAGGCCAAGAAGGGCUCCGAAUUUACGAGACGUUCACGUGGACAACAGCUGGUGAUGAGAACAAAAUAGCUCCAGUCUUGGCCAAGUUUGAUGGUCAUUUUCAACCCCGGAAAAGUCAAACUUUUGAACGUUACAAGUUUCUCACUCGUCAUCAACGAGAGGGUGAGUCAUGUGAAUCGUUUUUAUUGGAACUUCAGUCCCUUAUCGCAACGUGUGAGUAUGAUACGCAACGUGACUCUAUACUGCGUGAUCAAAUUGUUAUCGGUGUAGCAGACAUUCAAACACGUGAGAAAUUGUUGUUCGACCCUCAAUUAACAUUGGCGAAGGCGGUUGAAAUUGUUCGAGCGUGUGAAACAUCGUCAUCAAUAGCCGAAAAAAUGUCAGCAGAGGCGGUCAAUAGAUUGACCUUGGAAAAAUUCAAGCAGUCGAAGCCCUCGGGGCAUGGCCAGUCGGACCGACGUGGUUCAGCAGACAAGUCUGAACAUCGCGGAAGUGGCGGACAGAUCACAAAUUGUAAGUGGUGUGGUGGCAGUCAUGCUAGGCGUCGCUGUCCAGCUUACGGAAAACAGUGCACGAAAUGUGGUAAGCCCAACCAUUUUGAGAAAGUGUGCAACAACGAAGAAAAUGUUGCUAGUUUGGACCACUACGUUAUUCACUCGUUGAGUGAUCGCCAUGGCUCGCAGUGGAACGUUGAACUUUUGAUCAGUGAUUGUCCAAUAACUUUCAAAGUGGACACGGGUGCUUCGUGUAAUGUGUUGUCUCGUCAUUGGUUUGAAAAAGUGAAUCGUUCAAAGUCACAGCUACAGCCUGGUCCGCAAGUACGCACGUAUACUGGUCAGUCGUUAAAUGUCCUUGGGCAACAAGACGUCGUCGUGUGCUUUAAGAAAAAGCGGUAUACGCUACGUGUCAUAGUAAUUGAAGAAGAAAAAGUGCCCAUCCUGGGUUUGCCCAGCUGCCGUGAACUUGGCCUUGUUCAACCAUCUGCACGUCAACAAGUAGACGCAUUAGGAGACAGCAGCAGAGCGGAGUCAACCUUACCAAGUGAGUUUAAAAAGUAUCAAAAUGUUUUCACUGGUAUUGGCAAAUUGCCAGUGGAGCAUCAGAUCAAACUCAAAGAAGAUUACGUGUCGGUUGUUCGUCCGCCAAGACGAGUGCCGUUUAAGCUACGAGAUCCAGUUAAAAAGAAGCUCGAUGACAUGGAAAAAUUGAAGUUAGUCUGCAAAGUGACGGAGCCGACCGAGUGGGUUAAUCCCAUGUUAGCAAUACAAAAAUCUGAUGGCGACGUCCGAAUUUGCCUUGAUCCGGUCGAUUUAAACAAAGAAAUUAAGCGUCAACACUAUCCAGUUCCGACAGCACAAGAGUUGUUUGCCCGCAUUGGCAAAGCCAAGUAUUUCUCCUCACUAGAUGCAACAUCCGGGUUUCUACAAAUUCCGCUGACGGAGGAAUCCAGUUAUAUGACGACGUUCGCAACACCAUUCGGGCGUUAUCGAUUCCUGCGUUUACCAUUUGGCAUCUCUUCGGCACCGGAAGUGUAUCAACAGACAAUGGAUCAGUUCUUUGGAGACCUUGAAGGCGUUGAAAUUUAUUUAGACGAUUUUUUCGUGUGGGGAGAGACUCGAGCAGAACACGACCAGCGUUUGACAGCAGUAUUUGAUCGCUGUGUAAAAGUGAACCUCAAGCUUAAUGCUAGCAAGUGCAAGUUUCUCCUCCCCGAGUUGCCAUGGAUCGGUCAUGUAAUCUCUUUUCAACAAUUAAAGCCGGAUCCAGCCAAAGUAAGUGCCAUUACGGCGUUUAAAGAACCGAGCUCCAAAGAAGAAUUACAGCGGCUGUUAGGAAUGGUGAAUUAUUUAUCAAAGUUUUGUGAACACUUGUCACCUCUAACUAAACCAUUGCGUGAUUUGCUAAAAAGUGACGUUGAGUGGGUGUGGGACAGCAGCAGCGCCCUCAUUUUAAAAUCCGUCAAAGAACUUGUCAGUACAGCGCCCGUCUUGCGUUUAUUUGAUCAGAAGUUGCCGGUGACGGUCUCAGUCGACGCGUCUCCUUAUGGCCUUGGAGCUGUACUGCUGCAAGCCGGUCAACCCAUUGAGUUCGCGUCCCGGUCAUUGACGGACACACAGCGUCGCUAUGCCCAAAUUGAAAAGGAGUUGUUAGCAGUACAGUUCGGCAUGACACACUUCCAUCACUACGUCUACGGAAAUCAGGUGACAGUAGAAACUGAUCACAAGCCCCUGGUUGGAUUGGUUGAUAAGCCAAUUGGAUUGUGCUCCCCCCGAAUCCAGCGGAUGCGACUACAGCUGCAGGUUUACAGUUACCAACUUUUCUACAGGCCCGGAAAGGAACUCGUUCUGGCAGAUACGCUCAGCAGAGCGCCAGACACCCAGGAAUAUGCAACGGAUCAGUCGCAAAUAAACGAAGAAUAUGUUCACGCAAUGCUCAGCUACGUCAUCCCAGAAGAAACGGUUAAAGAAAAGUAUGCUAAGGCAACUCAGAGUGAUCCUACGUUGCAGCUCGUCGUUGGAUUAGUGGAAAAUGGAUGGCCCAAUCACAAGCGAGAUUGCCCGGUGCCGGCAAAGCCAUUUUGGUCGGAAAGGGCCAGUUUAUCGACAGCUGGAGGUCUGCUACUACGUGGACAUCAGGUAGUUGUUCCCGUCUCACUGCAGUCAGAAAUGUUAAAGCAGAUUCACGAUGGCCACUUUGGAGAGUCAAAAUGUCUCGAAAGAGCCAAGUCAGUUGCCUACUGGCCCGGAUAUGUCGAAGGAAUACGCAACCUUGUAGCCGGAUGUCGAAUAUGUCAAGAGCGGCGCCACCAAAAUCCACAUCAACAGCAUUAUCCGGUCGAAGUUCCAGAAUACCCCUUUCAACGUGUGGCAACGGAUUUCUUUCAGCUACGGGGUAAAGACUAUUUAUUGGCUGUUGAUUACUUUAGUAAAUGGCCCAGUGUCGUAGAAAUGUCUUCCACUACAAGUGCAGCCACAAUCAAAGAAUUGGAUAAACUAUUCUCAGAUUUUGGAGUGCCGGAAGUGCUUGUGUCGGAUAAUGGACCACAAUUUGGCAGCGCUGACUUCCGUGCGUUCGCCCGUCAUCUUGCCGUAUCCCAUGUCACGUCAAGUCCAUUUUAUCCAGAGUCAAAUGGUCUGGCGGAGCGAUCGGUACAAACAGUGAAAGCGGCGUUCAUCAAGUCAAUGGAGGAUGGUCGCACGCUCCAGGACACGCUCCGAGCAAUUCGUUCCACUCCUGUUGGAGGUGGAUUGCCGUCCCCAUCGGUUUUGUUGCAGUCACGGAAUCUACGAGGAAGUUUGCCAUUUUUGGCUGAGUCUUUACGGCAUCAAAACGUCUCAUCGGGAGCUGUAGCGGCAGCAUUAAAGCGUCGUCAAGCAUCGGCGACCUAUCAUCAAAAAGCAGCCCGUCCGUCUCGAUACUCCAUGCUAACGGUCGGUCAGCCAGUCAGAGUACGUUUAGGAAAAAACUGGGUACGCGGAAACGUCAAGAUGGUAUGCCAACAGCCGGACUCUUAUGUCGUCACAACUCUCGCUGGCCGUGAUUUUAGAAGAAAUCGAAGAGCCAUUAAUUGCUGCAAGGGAGAUCCUGUUAUUCAUCCUGCAAGGGCCACUGCUCAAAAUCAGAAGGCAGUUCCCCCUAAAUUAUCAGCUGAGCAACACCAGCCAAAUCGUCUCAAGACACCUUCUCCCAGCAGGCAACAGUCGGUGUUUUCAUUUCCGACCCUAUCAUUGCCACGGCCUAUUGUAUCAUCACAGCCACAGGCUGUAGUUCAGCCGCCAGCUCUGCCGCCGGUUCCACAAGCACUGCCGCCAGUUCCAGCAGCUUUACCGCCGGCUCCACCAGUCAUCAUGCUGCCCGUCCCUGCACUUCCUGUUCGUGCCCCUCGUCAAGCUGUUCACAAGCCGCGAACGGCCAAAAUCUGGCCAUCGAGUUCCAGGAGUAGUUCCAGGUUGGCAGAGCAACGUCAGACCUUAUUGACAGCGCAGCGCCGGUCCGUCUCGUUGAGUCCAGCUCGACCUCCUGAUCUGGCCGGGCAGGUCGCAGAUGCAAACUUGGGAGCCGAACCAGCGGCCGAAUCGACUAGUCUAGUUCCAGCCGAACAGUCCGAAGUGGUUCAAGAGUGA